UAUGAAUGUAUUGAAUGUGGGAAGGCCUUUCAACAGAGAGUACAACUUACCCAACAUCAGACAGUUCAUACUGGAAAGAAACCUUAUGAAUGUAAUGAAUGUGGGAAAGCUUUUCGUUUAAACACAGGACUUAUUCAUCAUCAAACAAUUCAUACUGGAGAGAAAUCUUUUAAAUGUAAUGAAUGUGGGAAGGCCUUCUCUGUAAGUACAUAUCUUACCCAGCAUCAGAGAAUUCAUACUGGAGAGAAACCUUAUAAAUGUAAGAUUUGUGGGAAGGCCUUCCGCCUGAGUACAGGACUUACUCAACAUAAAACAAUUCAUACUGGAGAGAAACCUUACAAAUGUAAUGAAUGUGGGAAGGCCUUCCGUCUAAGAACACAGCUUGCUGAACAUCAGACCGUUCAUACUGGAGAGAAGCCUUAUGAAUGUCUUGAAUGUGGGAAGACUUUUCGCUUGAACACAGGACUUACACAGCAUCAGACAAUUCAUACUGGAGAGAAACCUUAUGAGUGCAAUGAAUGUGGAAAGGCCUUUAGCCAAAGAGCAGAUCUUAUUCGACAUCAUAGAAUUCAUACUGGAGAGAAACCUUAUGAGUGUAAUGAAUGUGGGAAGGCCUUCCGCUUGAGAACACAGCUUACUGAACAUCAGACCAUUCAUACUGGAGAAAAGCCUUAUGAAUGUAUUGAAUGUGGGAAAGCUUUCCGCCUGAGCACAGGUCUUACUCAACAUCAGAUAGUUCAUACUGGAGAGAAACCUUAUGAAUGUAAGGAAUGUGGGAAAGCCUUCAGUCAAAGGGCAGAACUUACCCGACAUCGAAAAAUUCAUAGUGGAGAAAAACCUUAUGAAUGCAAUGAAUGCGGGAAGGCCUUCCCCCUGAGCUCAUAUCUCACUCAGCACCAGAGAAUUCACACUGGAGAGAAAUGUUAUAAAUGUGACGAAUGUGGAAAGGCCUUUCCCUUGAGCUCACAACUUACUCAGCACCAGAGAAUUCAUACUGGAGAGAAACCUUAUAAAUGUAAAGUUUGUGGGAAAGCCUUCCGCCUGAGCCAAGGACUUACUCAACAUCAAACAAUUCAUACUGGUGAGAAACGGUAUGAAUGUAAUGAAUGUGGGAAAACCUUUCGCCAAAGGACAGGACUUACUGAACAUCAGACAAUUCACACUGGUGAGAAACCGUACGAAUGUAGUGAAUGUAGGAAGGCUUUUCGGCUGAGAGCACAACUCUCCCAUCAUCAGAAAAUUCAUACGGGUGAGAGACCUUUUGAAUGUAACGAGUGUGGGAAGGCCUUUAACCACCGACCAGAACUUAAACGGCAUACCAGAAUUCAUACUGGAGAAAAACCGUAUGAGUGUAAUGAAUGUGGGAAUGCCUUUCGCCUUAGUACACACCUAACUCGACAUAGGAGGAUUCAUACUGGCGAGAAACCUUAUGAAUGUAAUGAAUGUGUUUUGUCAUUCCGCUUAAAAACACAGCUUACUCAACAUCAGAAAAUUCAUACUGGAAAGAAACUCUACGAAUGCCAUGAUUAAAGGGAGACUUUUUUCCAAAACAAACAUUACUCAAUGUCAGCUCCUGUUGAAGACAGAAAUCUAGUGAAAAUGGUGAUCAUGGAAGCAUGUCUAGCCAGAGUCCAAACCUAAAAGUCAGAUCAUUUAUAUUGGAAGGUCAUAUGAAUUUUAGGAACAUGAGGAAUUUUACCCUAGCACUAAUUAACUGAAAAUGAGAGAACUCAGACUAAAGGAAUGUCCUAUAGAUUGAGCAGGUUCCAGUGUAUUUUUCAAAGCAGCUCUCCUAAACCCUUUCUCCCUUCUUGCCUACCUUCCACAAACCCCACAUGUACUGCAUUAGACUUAAUUUAAUGGCAAAAGAAUCACAAUCUGACAGGCUCUCACUUCAAUUUCAUACCUUGGGACUCUGGAAUUGUCAAGCAUACUUUCCUCCUUUUUAGCCGUAAAAGAAGAGGUACUCUUGUUCUUUAUAAAUGUGGAAAGACAGCACAAAACAGAAUUUAAAUGUUCCAGCAUUCAUACUGGAGAGAAAUCUUAUGAAUAGAAUCAACAUGAAGAUUUCAGGGCUAUUAAUCACUUUAAAAAUAAGUUUUUAUAAAUAUCUUCUUAUAUCAUAAUUGUCCCAAGUAGUCCUCCUAGGUAGUCCUCUUGUAUAAUAAAUAGUAUUUUUUAGAAAGGAAAAAAAGUCAGCACAACUAUUUCAUGCAAAAAAAAAAAAAAAAAAAGCCCAAUACCUGUGCAGUGUGUAACACCUGCCCAUGUGGGAACCGCACAUCCACAAAUGGGCAGGUAAGGAGUGGCCUCCCAUCUGUCUUUGAGUACUGCUGGAUCUUUAUCAUUUUGCUACAUUUCUUUUUGGUAUGUUGGUGUCUCAUCCUUUCCAUAUAUGUCAUUUGAUUACUGUAUAUGUUUGUUUUCUUGGUUCAGUCAGACUUGAGAAUCCAGAUUAAGUUGCAUAAAUGAGGAAGUGUAUAAAUCCAUGUGCAUUUCCUUCAGAAGCUAUUCC